AUGAUAAAGAAGAAGAAGAAGAAUCACCAGAGGUAUGCCAAUACAUCAUCCCGGGUAGAAGCCUCUACUUCAAAAGGCUCCACCACAUCCCGGGUAGAAGCCUCUACUUCAAAAGGCUCCAAGGCCUCCUAUGCAACUGAUACACCCCUAGGGGACCAAUCAUUCCCCCUGGGAUCCGUCGUCUGGUGCACAUUUGGCAAGGAUAAAAAAACCAGAUAUAUUGGCAUGAUUGUAGGGACAUUUCCUGCCCUUCACCUAAAAACCAAGAACGAGAGAAAUGUGUACUGGUUUGGAGAGAAGACUGUCUCUACAAUGCCAAUCCGAUGUAUUCGUCCUUUCAAUGACGUGUCAGUGUUUGGAGAGCGAAAAACAACCAAAAUUCAUCAUGGUGGACUUGAAGAAGCAAUUAAGACAAUUGUAGGACAAUACGGGGUCAACCCUCCCAUGGAGUCUCCCAAGGACAAAAGGUAUUCGGUGGAAGAGUUCUUUGUCUGGGUCAUGGAGACGCCAUUCAAAAAGUCCAACUAUAACAUUCCUGAGUCCAUUUCAAAAAUUGUUGAAGCAACAAAUGACUAUUAUGUGGAAAUUGACCCUGAAGAUGGACCUUCUGAUGACAAUCUGAAGCAGGAAACUAAGUUCCCUGUACCGAUGGAAGCUAGAGAUGUAAAAAAACUAUGUAUGGGAUGCUACGAGGUGCCACAACCCGACAAGGCUUCUGCUCAUCCUCUUGUAAAGGGACUACUGUGCCACAAUUGCAAGAGUCAGAGACUAGUACAGGUUCAAUUAUUUGUCUGCAAGAAGUACAAACUGGUUAUAUGCAGACUUUGCAUGGAAUUUUGGAUGCCCAAAGCCUAUAAGAGGUGCAUUUCCAACAAGUUUCGCUGGACAUGUAUUUUCUGUGAAGACUCACAGCAACUGGUUUGUGCUUUGCCUCGUGAUGAAGCUGACCUCAUGUGUCCUGAUGUUGAGGACGUACCAGUGGUGUCGGAAAGUGAAAAGUGGCCCCCUAGGAAGCCUGUGAGCCUUCAAACUGCUACAAGCCCACCAGCUCUGAGGGUCCUUUCCCUCUUUGAUGGGAUCAGUGCUGGUAAAUUAGCACUUACAAAUCUGGGGCUGAAGGUCGAAAAAUACUUUGCCUCCGAAAUCGACCGUGAUGCCAUUACAGUGUCCAAGGCAUUUCAUGGGGAGGAGAUCGAGCAGAUAGGCGAUGUCAUGAAUAUUUCUUCACAAACCCUGGCUAAUUACCUGCCGAUUCAUUUGAUCAUCGGAGGAUCCCCCUGCAACGAUCUCAGCAGGGUAAAUCCUGCAAGAAAAGGAUUGUCAGACAUGAACGGAAGUGGAACACUGUUUUUUGAAUACUACAGAAUAGUGAAACUUGUUGAAAGUCUGCAAGGAAGCGAAACUUUCUUCUUCCUGUAUGAAAACGUAUCUUCGAUGAAGGAAGAACACGCUGACACGAUUUCACGUUUCUUUGAGUCCUCCCCAGUACUAGUCGAUGCUAAGCACUUCUCUGCCAUGAGAAGGCCAAGACUGUUCUGGGGAAAUAUUCCCAAGAUGACGAAUCUAAGCGCUCAAGUUCUCAGUCAAACUCAAGACGGAGCUAGUCAGAGCGUCCAAGAAAAUCUCACGCCCCAUCUCGGUAGACAAGCAAUGGUGAAAACACUGAAGACCAUUACAACUAACAAGAACUCCUUAAACAAAAGUAACGGUAGUCCGCAGGUGACAGAGGAGGGAGAGCCGACAACUCUGACCAUCAUUGAAAUAGAGCAAGUGUUUGGCUUUCCUAAGCACUAUACCGAUGUGGGUAUAGGGCAGACAGCCAGGCGGAGGUUGGUGGGAAAAUCCUGGUGUGUGCCGGUGAUAGAGAAUCUUUUAAGACCUCUAACUGAGCUGUAA